GCGCGCGUGGCCACCCAGGGAGGUGUUCGGCGGGUGGCGAAUGCUUGCCCAGGAUCUGCGGAGGCACCACUAAAGGACCCCGGGCCUUGGGACAGAGCGGCUCUGGAGGCUUGGAGAAACCCUCUAGAGUUCACAUUUAUCAACCAAGAGAGGCUGAAAAUGAGCAGCCGAAGGAAGCGGGCUCCUCCAAUGAAAGUAGAUGAAGAAAAGCAGCAGCAGCUUUGCUGGAAUAUGCAUGAAGACAGAAGAAAUGAACCUCUCACCCCAACUGAGCAUGGUCAUCCCUGCCAAGGUUCAGAUUCCUCUUCUCAGUACCUCAUUCUAGAUGAUAGCCUCCAGGAAGAAGUGGCUCACAUUGAUAAGAAGAGGUGUGCAGAGAUGGUGAGCAUCUCAGAAUCACUUAGUAAAGAGGAAACUGGUAGCAUUUUACCCCCUUUGUCUGUAAAGCUGAAUAUCGUGAUUUCUCCCCAUCACUUCGAUAGCUCUUGGAAAGCAUUUCUAGGAGAAUUAACUCUUCAGCUUCUGCCUGAACAGAGUUUAAUUGAAAAUAUUUCUGAAAGGACUUUCACACUGAUGAGUUCAGAGUCAAGCAAUAAGUUCCUGAUCUAUGUUCCUUCAGAAGGGGAAGAUGUAGAGAAACAAGAAAAAGGACUCAAAGAACCAAUCAGUAUUUGUAACAAAAGUAUACAAGUGGAAUCAUCCUUCAGUGGUGAAAUGUUAGACGAUUUGGGGUGGCUGCAGAAGAAGAGAAGAAUAAAACUUUGCCACAGGCAAGAAGGCAGUCACGUUAUCAAGGUUGGAAUUUAUCUUUUGGAAGGUGGCCUAGCAAAACUAGACUUUCUGAGUGAUGCAAAUUCAAGAAUGAAAAAGUUCAAUCAGCUUAUGAAGAGAGUGAUGGAAAAAUUAUACAAUUUUAUUAUUCCAGAUGUGUUGGAAGAGGAUGAGGAAGAAUCAGAGAGUGAACCAGAAGGACAGGACAUUGAUGAUCUCUAUCACUUUGUGAAACAAACACAUCAGCAAGAAACACAAUCCAGCCAUGUGGACGUCCAGCACCCUGCACUGAUUCCUGUGCUGAGACCGUACCAAAGAGAGGCGGUCAGUUGGAUGCUUCAGCAAGAGCAAUUCAAGCGUCUUCCUGCUAGUGAAAAUGCUCUGCACUUCUUAUGGCGAGAGAUUGUUACAUCUGAGGGUUUGAAACUCUACUACAAUCCAUACACAGGCUGCAUUAUCCGUGAGUACCCAAAUGCUGGGCCACAGUUGCUUGGUGGAAUCUUAGCAGAUGAAAUGGGUCUUGGAAAGACAGUGGAGGUUUUGGCUCUGAUUCUGACACAUACUCGACAAGAUGUCAAACAAGAUUCUCUCACUCUUCCUGAGGGGAAGGUGGUGAAUUAUUUCAUUCCAUCACACUGUUCUGGGGGAAAAGUCAAAAACACAGAAACCCAGAAUAUGGAAUUUGAACCAAAGGAGAAAGUUCAGUGCCCUCCUACACGUGUGAUGAUCCUGACAGCUGUGAAAGAAAUGACUGGGAAGAAAGGAGUUUCCAUUCUUUCCAUCUACAAGUAUGUCAGUUCUAUAUAUAGAUAUGAUGUUCAGCGGAACAGGAGUCUUCUGAAACGGAUGUUGAAAUGUUUAAUUUUUGAAGGUCUUGUGAAGCAAAUCAAAGGCCAUGGUUUUUCUGGGACUUUUACUUUGGGGAAGAAUUACAAGGAAGAAGAUCUAUAUGAUAAAACAAAAAAACAGGCAGUGGGGAGUCCAAGGAAAAUUCAGAAAGAAUCCAGAAGAUUAGAGACCAAGGACACUGAUUCUGAAUAUUUACCUUCAAACACCUCCGAUGAUGAUGAUGAUCCUUACUACUACUAUUAUAAAGCCAGGAAAAAUCGUAUUAAGUUGAGGAAAAAGCCUAGUCCUUCCUCCAAAAAGGGAAAAGGCCAGCCUGACAUCAGUCUCCAUUUACAAGAGCACCAUCCAGCUGCCAGUAACUCUGGAAUCACUGAAGUAACCACAUCCAAAAGUGUAGCUGUCUUUGAUGUCAAGCAAGACCACGCAGCAGAGGACCAGGCUGAAUCUCUAACCCCUGCUAGAGCUGAUGCACCACAGUGUAACAUGAGUCCCUGUGAGUCCUCUGACUACCGGUUUGAGUGCAUAUGUGGUGAACUUGACCAGACUGACCGUAAGGCUCGUGUUCAGUGCCUGAAAUGCCACCUGUGGCAACAUGCAAAAUGUGUAAAUUAUGAAGAGAAGAAUCUGACAAUUAAACCUUUUUACUGCCCCCACUGCCUUGUUGCAAUGGAGCCAGUAUCAACAAGAGCAACUUUGAUCAUCUCACCGAGCUCCAUCUGUCACCAGUGGGUGGAUGAAAUCAACAGGCAUGUAAGGUCAUCAUCUCUUCGCGUCUUGGUAUAUCAAGGAGUGAAAAAAGACGGCUUUUUACAGCCUCAUUUUUUAGCAGAACAGGACAUAGUUAUCAUUACUUAUGAUGUCCUUCGCUCAGAACUAAAUUACGUAGAUAUCCCACACAGCAAUAGUGAGGAUGGACGUCGCUUACGAAACCAGAAGCGCUACAUGGCCAUUCCCAGUCCCCUGGUCGCUGUAGAGUGGUGGAGAAUCUGCCUGGAUGAAGCUCAGAUGGUGGAAUGUCCUACAGUGAAAGCUGCAGAAAUGGCUCAACGUUUGAGUGGGGUCAAUCGCUGGUGCAUCAGUGGCACUCCGGUACAGAGAGGACUGGAGGACCUUUUUGGGUUAGUGGUCUUUCUUGGUAUCGAACCUUACUGUGUGAAACACUGGUGGAUCCGACUUCUCUAUCGCCCUUACUGCAAGAAGAAUCCUCAGCAUCUCUACAGUUUCAUUGCCAAGAUACUGUGGAGGUCUGCAAAGAAGGAUGUAAUUGACCAGAUUCAGAUACCCCCUCAGACAGAAGAAACCCACUGGCUGCAUUUUUCUCCAGUGGAGAGACAUUUCUAUCACCGUCAGCACGAGGUGUGCUGCCAGGAUGCAGUGGUCAAACUCAGGAAGAUUUCGGACUGGGCCCUGAAGCUCAGCAGCCUGGACAGAAGGACCGUCACCUCCAUCCUGUAUCCGUUGCUGAGGCUCAGGCAGGCCUGCUGCCACCCACAGGCUGUCCGGGGCGAGUUCUUGCCACUCCAGAAAAGCACCAUGACCAUGGAAGAGCUGCUGGCAUCAUUGCAAAAGAAAUGUGGAACUGAAUGUGAAGAAGCACAUAGGCAGCUAGUUUGUGCUCUCAAUGGUUUAGCAGGCAUCCACAUCAUUAAAGGUGAGUAUGCUUUGGCAGCAGAACUAUACCGAGAAGUGUUGCGUUCAUCUGAGGAACACAAAGAAAAACUCAAAACUGAUUCACUUCAAAGACUUCAUGCUACCCAUAACUUGAUGGAAUUAUUGGUAGCUAAGCAUCCAGGAAUACCUCCUACCUUGAGAGAUGGAAGACUUGAGGAAGAGGCCAAGCAGCUGCGAGAGCAUUAUAUGAGCAAGUGUAAUACAGAAGUGACUGAAGCACAACAAGCGCUUCAGCCGGUGCAGCAGACCAUUCGUGAGCUCCAGAGAAAGAUUCGUUCCAGUUCUCCUUGGUGGCUGAAUGUGAUCCAAAGAGCAAUAGAAUUUGCUGUUGAAGAGGAGCUUGUUCAGCGCGUGAGAAAUGAAAUAACCUGCAACUACAAACAACAAACUGACAAACUUUCUAUGUCAGAAAAGUUUCGGGACUGCAGAGGUCUUCAGUUCUUACUUACAACACAAAUGGAAGAGCUAAAUAAAUUCCAGAAGCUAGUAAGAGCAGCUGUAAAAAACCUGGAGGGACCUCCAUCUCGGAAUGUUAUUGAGUCUGCAACAAUUUGCCACCUCCGGCCAGCCAGACUUCCACUCAACUGCUGUGUCUUUUGUAAGGCUGAUGAAUUAUUCACAGAGUAUGAAUCGAAGCUUUUUUCUCACACAGUCAAAGGCCAGACUGCAAUAUUUGAGGAGAUGAUAGAAGAUGAAGAAGGGCUGGUUGAUGAUCGAAUUCCUACCACCAGCCGGGGUCUAUGGGCAAUAAGUGAGACAGAGCGAUCAAUGAAAGCUAUCCUAUCAUUUGCAAAAUCCCAUAGGUUUGAUGGUGAAUUCAUUGAUGAAGGAAGUGCUUCAAUGGAUCUCUUUGAAGCAUGGAAGAAGGAAUAUAAGUUGCUUCAUGAAUAUUGGAUGGCUCUGAGGAACCGUGUGUCUGCUGUUGAUGAGCUUGCAAUGGCUACAGAACGACUAAGAGUACGUCAUCCUAAGGAGCCAAAGCCCAAUCCACCUGUUCUUCAUAUCAUUGAACCUCAUGAGGUAGAACAAAAUCGUAUAAAACUGCUAAAUGACAAAGCUGUUGCUACAUCACAACUUCAGAAAAAACUUGGGCAGCUUCUUUAUUUAACUAAUUUGGAGAAGUCUCAAGACAAAACAUCAGGAGGUGUUAAUCCAGAACCUUGUCCAAUCUGUGCUCGGCAACUGGGAAAACAGUGGGCAGUACUAACGUGUGGGCACUGUUUCUGUAAUGAAUGCAUAUCAAUUAUUAUUGAACAAUACAGCGUGGGAUCUCACAGAAGCUCCAUCAAGUGUGCCAUCUGCCGCCAAACCACAUCUCAUAAAGAAAUAUCGUAUGUCUUUACCUCAGAGAAAGCCAGCCAAGAAGAGGACAUCCCUGUUAAGGGCAGCCAUUCUACAAAAGUGGAAGCUGUGGUCAGAACUCUGAUGCGAAUCCAACGUAAAGAUCCAGGGGCCAAAGCACUUGUUUUCUCAACGUGGCAAGAUGUGUUAGACAUUAUUUCAAAAGCUCUCACUGAUAACAACAUGGAAUUUGCACAAAUCAGUCGUGUUAAAACAUUUCAGGAAAACCUCUCUGCAUUUAAACACGAUCCUCAGAUAAAUAUUUUGCUGCUGCCCCUGCACACUGGCUCUAAUGGAUUAACAAUCAUCGAAGCUACUCAUGUUCUUCUGGUGGAGCCCAUACUGAACCCCGCCCAUGAGCUCCAGGCCAUCGGGAGGGUGCACCGAAUCGGGCAGACGAAACCUACUAUUGUACACAGAUUCUUAAUCAAAGCCACAAUAGAAGAAAGAAUGCAAGCAAUGCUGAAAACUGCUGAGAGGAGUCACACAAACUCAUCAGGGAAGCACCCAGAGGCCUCUGUCUUGACCGUGGCUGAUCUGGCAGACCUGUUCACCAAAGAAACUGAAGACCUUGAAUGAAGUACACGGAUUCAGUCCACGGACUUUAAUGUAUUUAAAAAUUUUAAUUGUUUGUAAAGCAAAGUUAUUAGUUUAAAAAUCCAGUAGAUGUCAUUAAACUCUGUUCUUAAUCUAGUGAAUUUUUUUGUUGUUGUUGUAUAGUAUCCUGAUAGUUACUGAAUCCUUGUCAGUAUGUUAUUUGCAGAUCUAUAAAGGCUUUUAAUUUUACAUUCCUAAUAAAAUAUUUAUUUUUUGUUCUAAAGAAAAUCUAUAUAUAAUGAGAUGAGGAAAUUAAGAGAGAUUUUUUAAUAAGAUCACUCUUAAAUUGGAAUAAGAGAAACAAUAAACUCAUUUAGUUUUAUAUCACCUGUAUAUUCAGCCCAAUAGAUCUUAGUUUUGGAUAUCUUUAGCACAUGGUUCACCUGUAUCUUGUCAGUAACAUUAUAAGUAGAUAUAAAUUACAUUAACUCCUAAUUAUUUCAGUAGAUUUAGGCUAUAACCCCAUGCAUAGUAACUUUAAAGUAAUUAAAAUUCUUAACAAUAAUUUAGCACUAGGCAACUAUUUCCUUUCUACCCUGCUACUAAAAAUUGAAACAUUGAACACUUUUCAUGUUUCUGUUACAUGUUAAAAAGUGUCAGGUUUAGCAAUUAACUCUACCAUUUAUAAGUAUAUAUUUACCUUAAAAUUAUCUAAACUAAAAAAGUUAUCUAAACUGCUUUUCUCUACUUUUAAUUUUUCUGUUUUCAGAUUGAUAUAUCUGUAAAUAUUGUUUUUGUUUGUUUGUUUUUUCAUUUCUUAUCCUUGUAACGUGGACAUAUGGCAGAGUUUUGGGGGAUUUUUUAGCAUUAUUAUGUGGAUGUCUUAGAUUAUUUUCCUUUCUUGUUCUUGUGUAACUAUACUUUUAACCACUACUAUCAAUAUUUAUGAUAGUUUGUUAUUUUAUUCCUGUAAUACUUCCCUCAAAGACUAACAUUUGAUCUUUAGAACCAGAGAAUGUCAUAUUCACAUAAGCAUAUAAUAAGUGAUAAUAACUGAGUAUUUUCUUCUUCUGUGAAGAACUUAAUGGACUUUGAAAUCACUAGAUAAAGAGUAGCUUGUUAUAUCCUAGUUAUUUGAAGUAAUAUAAAUGUUCUUGUUUGAAGUUUUGUGGUUUUGGUUUUUUGAGCCUUCAGAGAUUAAAUGACCCUCAGGACUAACUAGCUCCUAUUUAGCUACCCAGAAAACUAUGAAGAAAUGUCCCCUGGAUCACAUUUGUCUGAGAGACUUUGGUGCUUAGUCAAGGUGCAUUUUCUUAUUCUAGGUUUAUAGGGUGACAUAAUACAACUGAAGCAAACACACACACAUUUUUGGUGCUUAUUCUUCAGUUGAAGAGUGGUAUGCAUUGAUUGUUUUAUAUGAAGUUAAACAGAACUAUUAUUUUUGUAGCUCUUUGUAUUAGAAAGAGCUUUCCUCUGCAUUUACAUGUGUAAUUAGCCCAGCAAUCCUGUGGAGUUGAUAUAACUAAUACCAUUCCUAUUUUAAAAGUAGAGAACUGAGGUCCAGAAAUUUUGGGGAACAUAUCUGUGACAUGUAGUCAGUGAAAAAUGGGAGCCCAUGUCCUCUGACUCCAAAUCCUGUGUUCUUUGACUAAAUCUUAUGUCACAUUGAGAUUUAGAAGGCCCACGGUUAUAAUUUAAUGGUGAACCAUAUCUGAGUAUUUCUUUGUUUUCUAGUAUUUCUUUCUGAGCUCAAGUUUUAGAGAUAACAAUUUGAUAAGCUUCAAUUUUGUAAAAAAAAAAAAAAGUGUAAUA